CGCGGCUCGUCACGAGUUUUGGUCGAGCCUACAUCGCGGAUGGAUCUUUGCCCGCGAUAGUUGAGCCUUCCAACUUUCCCUACACACGAUCCCACGCCAGAGCUCAGCCUUCGCAUCGCCUCUUCCUCGACUACAGUCGUCCAUCUCUUCAGCGUCAGGCUACCUCGCCGCUGCGACCUACUUCGCGAACAUUUUCGCGCCCAACAACACAAGGAAAGUGGCAAGAUGUCGCGCAGGUACGAUUCUAGGACGACGACCUUCAGUCCAGAAGGGAGAUUGUACCAGGUGGAAUAUGCCAUGGAGGCCAUUUCUCAUGCAGGAACCGUGAUUGGUAUUCUUGCAAAGGAUGGCGUGGUCUUGGCUGCUGAAAAGAAGGUGACCAGCAAGUUGCUGGAGCAGGACAAGAGCUCGGAAAAGAUCUACAGCCUUAGCAACAACGUGGUCACUGGCGUGGCCGGCUUGACAGCAGAUGCCAAUUCUCUGAUCAACUAUGCGCGAAACGCAGCGCAGAAGUACCUUUUGGCCUACGAUGAUGACAUGCCAGUCGAGCAACUAGCACAACGUCUCUGCGAUCUCAAGCAAGGCUACACGCAAUAUGGAGGUUUGCGACCAUUCGGUGUAUCGUUGUUGUAUGCCGGGUACGAUGCCCACCACGAGUUCCAGCUGUACCAUUCCGACCCUUCAGGCAACUACUCGGGGUGGAAAGCGACCUGCAUUGGAAGUAACAAUGGCACUGCCACGAGCCUCCUGAAGCAAGACUACAAGGAGGGUCUCGGCAUCCAGGAAGCCUCGGACCUGGCUAUCAAGACGCUUGGCAAGACCAUGGAUGCAACUACCCUGGACUCUGACAAGAUCGAGUUUGCGACCCUUACCUUGGAUUCCACCGGCGUACCACGCACCAGCAUUUUCAAGCCUCAUGAUAUUGACAGGCUUAUCGAGAGGAAUGGUUUGGCAAAGCCAAAGGAAGAGAACACCGGGGACGGCAUGGCUCUGGACUAGAUGUGAGGUUCAUGUUUCAGGCCAAUACAUGCACGCAUCAACUCUCGUCGCCAAGCCGUACACGGUAUGGAAUUGCAUGGGUGAUAAUUUCGGUAUCUGAGGUGCAGAGUUGAGAAGCGCUGAAGACCACCCGGAAGAUGCAACAAGCGUCGCACAUCUCCCAAUGUUACCGAGUCACCCAAGCGUCAUCU